AGAGAGAGCCUAGAAAACUAGUGUGUUAAAUUCCCUUGACCCUCGCAAUGCCAAACUUCCCUCUCUCUUUCUCAACCUUCAUGGUGCUUAAACGACGUCGUCGUCUCACCGUGGAUGGGCGGCGACGACAACUCUCCCCAAUGCCUCCUCCCCCCUUCGAUCAACGACACUCAACCGGCGUCGUCCUCCCCCUCCUCCGGCGCACAUGUCAGGCUCGUUCACACGCCGAUCCUCUUUCUCGUCUGCUUCCACAAGGCGCUGCGAGCCGAGCUCGAAAAUCUCCGCCACGUGACAUCGGCCGCCUUGGAGAGUGCCUCACGUGACCGCCAAGGCCGCGACUUUGUUCUGCAGCUUCUGCGGCGGUUUGAGUUCCUAAAGCUCGCUUAUAAGUACCACUGCUCUGCAGAGGACGAGAUUAUUUUUUUAGCGCUAGAUGGACGAACAAAAAAUGUAGCCAGUACAUAUUCACUAGAACAUAGGACCAUAGACGGUCUCUUCGAUUCAAUUUUCAAUCGCUUGGAUGCUUUGUUAGAUGAAAAUGGGAAUAUUUCGAAGCAAUUUCAAGAACUUGUGUUCUGCAUCGGGACGCUUCAGGCAUUCAUUUGCCAGCAUAUGCUGAAAGAAGAAGAACAGGUUUUCCCUCUGAUCCUCCAGCAAUUCUCUGCGGAAGAACAGGCCUCGCUUGUGUGGCAGUUCAUGUGUAGCAUUCCUUUAGUGCUGCUGGAGGAUCUACUUCCGUGGAUGAUGUCCUUUCUUCCACCUGAUGAACAAGAAGAAGUUAUACAUUGCAUAAAAGAAAUUGUACCUGACGAAAAAUCACUCCAAGAGGUAGUACUUUCUUGGCUUGCUAGCAAUGAACAAGUCACAUUUGAGGCCAACAAUAAGGCUGGAGGAGCUCAACACACUGGCGAAUCUGCAGAUUUGAAAAAAUUACUGAAGUCUCAUUCGCCUAAGAGGUUUUUUGAAGAAAAUAGGAGUAGCAUUAAGGCAAAUUGCGUCCACUCUGAAGUUGGAUACAAUCCGGUUGAUGGCCUUCAUCUUUGGCAUGCUGCCAUUAUGAAAGAUUUGACAAGGAUUCUGGAGGAGCUUUACCAAUUAAGAAGCUCAAGCAGUUUUUUGAGUCUUGAUUCAAUAGUUGUCCAGCUAAAGUUCUUUGCUGAUGUCCUUGCUUUCUACAGCAGUGCAUUGGAGAAGUUAUUUCAUCCUGUGUUAAAUGAACUUUUCAAUAGCUGUCUUUACCCUUCCAGUGAACAAUUUCCCAAUGAAAUACAUGUCGAAGGUUUGCAGAGGUUGCUAUACUGUACUCCUGAAAAUGGAACACCUUUAUGCAAAUUUGUGGAGAAACUUUGCUGGGAACUGGAGUCUUUUGUGGUGGGAAUCAACAAGCAUUUUGCUUUCCAAGAGACGAAGGUAUUUCCCAUUGUAAGGAUGAACUGUAGCCAUGAAAUGCAGCAGCAACUGUUGUACGUGAGCCUUCAUAUUCUGCCACUUGGAUUGCUAAAGUGCACGACCACUUGGUUUUCAGCUUGUUUAUCUGAGGACGAAUCCAGGUCCAUCCUUAGCAGCUUGAAGCAGGGAGAUUCUUUAGUCAAUAAAUCAUUUGCAUCCCUCUUACAUGAGUGGUUCCGCAUUGGUCAUUCUGGUAAGACCUCUGUUGAAAAAUUUCGAAAGGACUUGCAGCAAAUAUUCAAGAGCAGAUGCACUUCCUUAUCCAAGCAAUUCUAUGAUACUACUGGAUCCUCAUCCUUAAGUUCCAAUGUGCAACCUUGUGAGGGAUCAAACACUCGGCUAAUAGCACCAAUCUCGUCUGACAAGGGCAAGAAUUCUAUGCCAUACUCCAGUGGAACCAAUAUUCACAUAUAUUUCCCUGGAACAAUGAAAACAUCACAUCACUUGCCUGAAAGUCUUAGUGGAGAAAACCUUCUUGGUUAUGAUCUCCAUGAACCAAAACCAGUAGAUCUCAUAUUUUUUUUCCACAAGGCUCUCAAGAAAGAUUUGGAAUACCUUGUCUUUGGUUCAGCUCAGUUGGCCGAAAAUGUUGCUUUUCUCACAGAUUUUUGCCGACGCUUCCAUCUUAUACAGUUUUUAUAUCAAAUUCAUAGCGAAGCAGAGGACGAGGUUGCGUUUCCAGCUUUGGAGGCAAAAGGAAAAUUGCAAAACAUUAGCCACUCUUACACAAUGGACCACAAACUGGAAGUUGAACACUUUAACAAGAUAUCCCUCAUUUUAGAUGAGAUGUCUCAAUUGGAUGUUUCAGCUUCUAAGGUUGAGUCAAACACAGUGGAUCAGAAAAUGCUGCAGCACCAUCAGCUGUGCAUGAGGCUUCAUGAUAUGUGCAAAUCAAUGUGCUACUUACUGACUGAACAUAUUCAUCGUGAAGAAGUUGAACUUUGGCCCUUGUUUAAAGAAUGUUUCUCCAUUAAAGAGCAAGAAAAGAUCGUAGGAUGCAUACUUGGUAGAACAGAAGCAAAAAUAUUGCAGGAUAUGCUACCCUGGCUAAUGGAGUCUUUGACACCAGAAGAACAGCAAGCCAUGAUGUCUCUAUGGCGCCAGGUCACACGAAACACAAUGUUUGAUGAGUGGCUUAAAGAAUGGUGGGAGGGGUAUGAUGCAGCUAAAGUGGUAGAGGAGUCAAAUGUCCCUCCUCCUUCAUUGACUGCAGAUCCCUUGGAGAUUGUCUGUACCUAUCUGUGUGGAUCAGGUGAACAGGAAGGAAGUGUCUGUUACAAAAGUAUCAAUUGUUCAGACAAAGAUUCCCCUGCCGUUAAUACCAAGCCAUUUGAAAAUAGUGAUGUGGAUGAGAAGCCGAAGGAUUCUGAUAGCAACCGGUGUAUUUAUACUGAUACAGAAUAUGUAAGACCUUGUGCUAAAGGUGACAAGAAGAGAUGCCAAGAAGUAGAAAAUGCCACAAACCAAAUCAAUGAUCCAGUUCAACUUUUUCAAGCAAGCCAGAAAUCCAAGUAUUGUGAGUGCUUGCUGACACUAGGCCAAGAGGAUCUGGAGGCUGCAAUUAGAAAAAUAUCCCGUGACUCUUCCUUGGAUCCUCAGAAGAAAUCACAUAUGAUCCAGAACCUGCUAAUGAGCCGUUGGAUAGUCAGACAACACUCUGAAUUAAGAGACACAAGUAAUGGGAAAGAAUUUCCUGGUCAGCAUCCAUCCUAUCAGGACCCUUUUGGACUAACCUUUGGUUGUAAACACUAUAAGAGGAACUGUAAGCUUGUUGCUGCCUGUUGCAACCAGCUUUAUACCUGCAUACGCUGCCAUGAUGAGAUGGCUGAUCAUACAAUAGAUAGGAGAUCUAUAACAGAGAUGAUGUGCAUGAAAUGCUUGAAAAUUCAGCCAGUGGGGUCCACAUGCUCAACUGCAUCCUGCAGUAAUAUUUCCAUGGCAAGAUACUUUUGCAGGAUCUGCAAAAUAUUUGAUGAUGAACGGGUUAUCUACCAUUGCCCUUAUUGUAACUUGUGCCGACUUGGAAAGGGAUUGGGUAUUGACUACUUCCAUUGCAUGACUUGUAAUGCUUGUAUGUCCCGUUUGCUAAUGAAGCACACAUGCAGAGAGAAAUUAUUCAUGGAUAACUGCCCUAUUUGCAAUGAGGACAUCUUCACAUCCACCUUGCCAGUAAAGUCCCUUCCAUGUGGUCAUUUGAUGCACUCAACAUGUUUUGAGGCCUACACCUGCACUAAUUAUACCUGCCCAAUCUGUGGCAAGUCACUUGGGGACAUGCAGGUGUAUUUUAAAAUGUUGGAUGCAUUUUUGGCUGAAGAAAAAACUCCAAAUGAGUACUCUGGCCAAACUCAGGUCAUACUUUGCAAUGAUUGUGAGAAGAAAGGAACUGCUCCCUUCCAUUGGCUUUACCACAAGUGCUCCUCUUGUGGUUCAUACAACACCAGGAUUCUGUGACUCAAUUCGACACAAUAGAUGAUGAAGCUACUUUAUAUGUAAAGAAAUCAAAUUUCAACACUUAUGAAUAU